UAGAUAUGAAAUAUGAGCCCGUUUUUUAAACUCGUUGAAAGAGCCUUUAUUCAACAAUUAUAAGUGUAUGUCAUUGUAUGUCAUGUGAUUGGAAAAAGCUAUUUAAGGAUAUGUAUGCAGAAAACACACGCAUUUCCUAUUGAUGAGAAAAACAACAAUGGUCAUGAAUCGAGAAAUACUGGGAGCUCUAUGGUUGACUGCGGUUUUAUGUCUAACAUCAGCUUCUGCUACACCUCGACAUAUUGUUUUCAUCGUUGCUGACGAUCUCGGAUGGAACGACGUUGGUUUCCAUAAUCCUACUAUGUUCACACCUAAUAUCGACAAGCUUGCCUACAAGGGCGUUAUCCUUAACAGUUCAUACGUCCAACCAGUUUGUACACCAUCUCGAAACAGCUGGAUGACAGGCAUAUAUCCAUUCAAACUUGGAAUGCAACGCGGAGUAAUAAUACCUGGCACGAACGAAUGUUCUCCGCUGGAUUUAGAGUUCUUCCCACAGAAACUGCAGAAACUUGGAUAUUCUACCCAUAUAAUUGGAAAAUGGCAUCUUGGAUCCUGCAGCUGGAAUUGUACACCAAUGUACCGUGGGUUCGACUCUUUCUAUGGCUAUUACGAGGGCAAGGAAGAUUACUACACAAAAGUUAUCGGACCUGGAAUUGAUUUUCAUGAAAACAAGAAAAAUCUAAAUGAUACCACAUAUUCUGCUUAUCUGUAUGCAGAUAGAGGUAAAAUGAUUAUAAAUAAUCACAAUAAAUCGAAACCCCUGUUUCUGUACAUUCCGUUCCAAUCGGUCCAUUCUCCUAUUCAAGUCCCUAAACGAUUUGAGGAUAUGUACCCUAAUAUCAAAACCCAACAAAGACGUCAGUAUUGCGGCAUGGUAUCUGCUGUGGACGAGGCUAUAGGCAAUAUAACUACGGCGCUAACUGACAAUGGAAUGAUGGACGACACCUUGAUCAUAUUUACUACCGACAAUGGAGGUAUGCCAACAGAAUCUGGGAACAACUAUCCUUUACGCGGAGGCAAAACGACAAUAUUUGAAGGAGGAACAAGAGCAAUUUCCUUCGUUGUUGGAGCUGGAGUAGAAAAAUCAGGCUAUACAUACAACGGUUUAAUGCAUGCUGUUGACUGGCAUCCUACAAUUGUUGCCGCCGCUGGGGGAACUAUUCCAGAUUACACUAACGAAAUAGAUGGCAUAAAUCAGUGGGAAGCUAUAAGUACUGGAUCGGAAUCUAACAGAAAAGAACUGGUAUAUAACUUAGAUAGUUCCCAACAGAGAGGUUCUCAGGGACAUGCUGCAAUACGUGUUGGUGAUUUCAAGCUUAUUCAAGGAUAUCCAGGGCCGUUUAGUGACUGGUACAAACCUGACCAAAUUUAUUCAGACAUUGACGAUGAAUUAAAUGAAAACGAUUAUUAUGCAAGACUCGCUACAGAAGAUAAAAUGAAACAAAGAGAGGAAUGGAUAAAAGAAGGAUAUAAACAUGACAGAAAAUGGGCGGGAGAUGGCCUAUACAACCUUAAAAAUGAUCCAACAGAACACGAAGACGUUAGCGAAUCGUACCCAGAUGUGGUAAACCAACUGAAAGCGAAACUGGAUGAGUACUGGAAAAGUUACGUUGAACCUAAAACUUACGCGAUUGAUCCUCGUUCGGAUCCCCGAAAGUUCGGCGGAUUCUGGACACCAGGAUGGUGUUGAGGGAAAUUUUGCUACAGGCUUCGAACUUAAAUUCUAUAUAUGCUGUAUUUGAAUAACUGAUAGUGGUGAACUGUUUGAUUUCUGUGCAUUGUCAACUAGGACUAGAAAUAUUAUUUUUUGCAAUGCAAGUGUUCUUCCUUUUGAAGAAAUUAGUUUCUGUAAAAAAAACAUAAUUGAUCAUUAAGUAAUAACGAAUACCGGAUGAAAAAACCCUGUACCACUCGUAAUAGGCAUGACAUUCCCAUUAUUCUCCAGAAAUAACUUUUAUGAUAAAAUUAAUUUUGUGCUGAUGUUUGUACAUAGACACAAGAAAAUUGGCUUUUUCUUUUCACACUUUAUUUGUUUAAGUGUAUUUUUAGGAUUUCUGUUGUAUUACAGUUAUGUUAAAGACAAAAUACUCUAUCUUACAUCUCCUUUUGAACUUUGUUAUGCAAAUACAAAUAAAUUAUAUACUGCUUAA